AUGGAGGGUCACGACCACUGCGGGCAGGCUUUGCUGCAGAUUGGGAUCAACAUGAUGGCGUUGCCUGGAGGCCGCCACCUGGACUCCAUCCCUCUGCCGGGUCAGCGCUCUUACAUGGCUCUUUCGGGUCCAGGCCUGAAGGAAGGGGGUGUGAGUGUGUCCCGCUGGAGGGGUCCAGAGCUUUUCCCUGCCCAGCACCACACACUUCCUCUGUGCCACGUGCUGGUCCCAGGUGCUGUGAUUCAGCAGCUCAUAACCCCUAUGUUUGGGAGGAAAGAACAGCUGAAGCCUGGGCUGUCUCACCAGGAGGCAGCAGUCCAUCGUGGUGCUGUUCCCGGCUGCAGGCUGCACCUGAUGCAGGUGGACUCGGUCCAGCGCUGGAUGGAGGACCUGAAGCUCAUGACCGAGUGUGAGUGCAUGUGCGUCCUGCAGGCGAAGCCCAUCAGCCUGGAGGAAGAGGCACAGAGUGACCUCAUCCUGGCCGGCGGCCCUGGCCCCGGAGACCCCCUGCAGCUGCUUCUCAAGAGGGGCUGGGUCAUCAGCACUGAGCUGCGCAGGAUCGGGCAGAAGCUGGCCCAGGACCGCUGGGCACGCGUCCACAGCAUGAGUGUGCGUCUGACUUGCCAUGCCCGCUCCAUGGUCAGCGAGUACAGCGCUGUCAGCAGGAGCUCCUCGCAGGAGAUGGGCCAGAUUGAGAAACUGCUGAUGGAGAAAUGCUCAGAGCUCUCAGCGGUCACAGAGAGGUGCCUCCAGGUGGAGAAUGAGCACGUCCUGAAGUCGAUGAAGGCCUGUGUGAGUGAAACCUUGAGCACACUGGGCCAGCACUUUGGCCAGCUGCUGGAGCUGGCCCUGACCCGGGAGGUACAGGCACUGGUGAGAAAAAUCAAUGCCUCAGACAAUAUCUACACCACAGAAUCCACCACAGGGAACCUGUUCAGCCUGACCCAGGAGGGGGCUCCCUUGUGCCGCAUCAUCGCCAAGGAGGGUGGUGUCGUAGCCCUCUUCAAAGUCUGCCGGCAGGAUAGUUUCCGGUGCUUGUACCCCCAGGCGCUCCGCACGCUGGCCUCCAUCUGCUGUGUGGAAGAGGGUGUCCACCAGCUGGAGAAGGUGGACGGCGUUCUUUGCCUGGCCGACAUCCUGACCGAUGACAGCCACUCAGAGGCCACACGGGCUGAGGCUGCGGCUGUGGUUGCCCAGGUCACCUCCCCACACCUGCCCUUUACUCAGCACCUCGGCAGCUUUCUGGAGAGCAUGGAAGAAAUCGUGACAGCUCUUGUCAAACUGUGCCAAGAGGCGUCGUCUGGGGAAGUCUUCCUGCUGGCUUCUGCGGCCCUUGCCAACAUCACCUUCUUUGACACGAUGGCCUGCGAGAUGCUUCUGCAGCUGAAUGCCAUCCGUGUCCUCCUGGAAGCUUGCAGCGACAAGCAGAGAGUGGAUACGCCUUACACCCGGGAUCAGAUUGUGACCAUCUUGGCAAACAUGUCUGUCCUGGAGCAGUGUGCCUCUGACAUCAUUCAGGAGAACGGGGUCCAGCUUAUCAUGGGCAUGCUGUCCGAGAAGCCAAGGUCUGGAACCCCUGCCGAGGUGGCGGCUUGUGAGCGAGUCCAGCAGAAGGCUGCUGUGACACUGGCCCGUCUCAGCCGAGACCCAGCUGUGGCCCGGGAGGCCGUGCGGCUGAGCUGUAUGUCCCGGCUCAUCGAGCUCUGCAGAUCGCCCUCUGAGAGGAACAGCAGCGAUGCUGUGCUUGUGGCUUGCCUGGCUGCUCUGCGUAGACUGGCUGGAGUUUGCCCGGAAGGCCUCCAGGACUCCGACUUCCAGCAACUGGUCCAGCCCCGGCUUGUGGACUCUUUCUUACUCUGCAGCAACAUGGAGGAGAGCUUUGUGUAGGAAGGGUGGGAGAGGAAAGCCAUUUGGCCCCCUUCUCAUGCCCCCUCUGAGUACAUUCCUGCGAUCAACCUGAGUACCCGUCAGCUCCCUCACCUCUUUAUUUAUACUUAAUUUAUUUUUUACAUGAAAUGGACAAGGGCUAAAUACUCUAGUAACAUCAGGCAGUCUGUGGUCCUAGGAGUCUUUUUUGUUUUUAUUUUUGACUUCUGUGACUUUUCAGUUGCAGAUGUUGAAAUGCAUAGUGACUAAUAUGGCAGACUGUCAUGGGCGAUUUCCCUUCAUCUUGCUUUCUCUAUUUUCACUAUGUAACCUUGCCUCACUUUUCCUCCACUUUGGAACCAGGGUAUGCUAACUGCCCAGCAGUCUUUUGGCUUUUUUUCUUUUUAAGUUGGCUUGCUCCUUUCUAAAAGAUUUUAAAUAAAUUUCAUAGUUGGACAGAACA